AUUCUUUGCUAGCGUUUGGCAUUCAUACAUUUACGUAAAGUAGCAGCGUAGCGACUCUCUUUCUCUUACACUCUUAAAAGUAAAGCUAAGGAAAUUUUUUUUAUAUUGAUAUUUUUUUUCGCCUUUCUGCUGCAUGGUAUAAUAAUAUUGUGUGUUAUGAUCGUAUCAUAAACGAACUACUUGUCAUAACGCUAACAUCUAUUCGGACUAAUAAAUACGUAUUUUUUAUAUUUAAAAGAGGAAAAAAAAGUAUUCUUAUUAUAUAGCAGUAAUUUUUAUUAUGUUAAAAUUACCAAUUUUUUUCUCUCUCAUCGUGAAAGUGAAUAAAGAAUAAAAGAUUUUUUUUUGGUCUAUUUUAUUAUAUCACGAGUGUCAUCCGGUAAAUGAGCGAUGAAAUUUCGAGUGCCGCGACAUAAAAUAAAAUAAAAAAAUUGCAUGUGAUAAUAAAGAAAAAGUGCAAAAAAGAAAAUAUCAGAAAAAUAUUCAAAUUAAUUCAGUACGUAAUUUUUGGUCGUCGAACAAUAAAACAAAAGAUUAUAUACAAUAAAAAUAAAUAAAUAGCAAGUACAUAUACAUAACAUAAAAGAUAAUAAUAGAAGGUAGUAAAAAUAAAGGAAAUAUUUUUUUAUGUUGCAUCAUAAGAAGGAUUUUUUGAGAAGAAAGGAUUGACCACAGGGACAAUACAAAAGGAACAUAAAGAAGAAGAGAAAGUUUUGUUGCAAUGAGAUAAAAAAAAAAAUUAAAGAAAAAAAUAAAUUGCAAGUGAAAGUUACGCAAGAAAAUAAAUAUUUUACAACUCUUUUUUAAAACACAUUUUGGUCACACAGUGCAUAUUAAGAAUAAGAAAAAAGAUAUUUUUAGUGUGUGAGGAAUCGAGCAAAAAGCGAUAAAAUUUGUGACAUUCAUCUGAUAAAUGUCACAAACCCCUAAUAAUUCCGAAGGUAGUCCAUUAACUGGUAGUGAAGAAGGUAGUUCACCACCAUCUAGUAAAAUGUAUCCAUUUGUAUCAAAUCAUCCAUCGACACACGCGAGUUAUUCAACGAUGCCUGGAUUUUCCGGCUUAGAUGAUAAAUCAUGCGGGCGAUACACAGAAAGCGUCAUGAAUAGCUAUCCGUCAAUGGGCAGUGCCUCGAGCAUUGCUCAAUUCUAUCAUCAAGCAGCCGCAGUAUCUGCAGCCGGUGCAGUCGGUAUGGAUUCACUUGGCAGUGCAUGCUCACAAUUAUCAUCCGGUGGCUUAUCGUCCGUUGGCACAGGACAAGCAUUAUCAGAAAUUACACGACAUCCAUGGCUUGUACCUACUGACUGGAUGAGUAAUCCCUUCGAUCGAGUUGUGUGUGGAGAUUUUUCAGGUCCAAAUGGAUGUCCACGAAGACGUGGUCGUCAAACAUACACACGUUUCCAAACAUUGGAGUUAGAGAAAGAGUUUCAUUUUAAUCACUAUCUCACACGCAGAAGACGUAUCGAAAUCGCACAUGCACUAUGUCUAACAGAACGACAGAUUAAGAUUUGGUUCCAAAAUCGCCGCAUGAAAUUAAAAAAGGAAUUGCGUGCUGUCAAAGAGAUCAAUGAACAGGCAAGACGUGAGCGCGAAGAGCAAGAGAAAAUGAAGCAAGAAUCAAUGAAAUCAUCACAACAACAGCAACAGCAGCAACAUAACAAAGCACAACAGCAGCAAGAACAUGCAGCUCUAUUAUCAUCACAAAAUUCUCACGGUCAUGGACCACAUAGUGGACAUCUUGGAAAUCAUGGAGUUGGUGGAUUAGUUGGUAGCCAUUUGCAUCAUCCGUCAUUAGUACAAAAUGAUUUGAAAUUAGGUUUAGGUGGUAUGGGUGGAUUAGGCGGUGGAUUAACCGGCAAUUUGGGAAUGAUGGGACAAUUGGAUAAUAAGAAUCAGGACAUUUUAAAGGCAGUCAGUAAAGUCAGUUCAUAAAUUCUCAUCCCAUCCUAUCCAUUCAGAAUAUAAAUCGGUUUUUUACUACUUUAACAAGUCUUGAAUUACUCUUACUCUAUCUCUUCUAUAUUCUAUCUAUCUAAUUCUUUCUACAAAAAAAAAAGUAAAUAAAUGAUUCCGUCAUAAUUAAUAUUGAGUAAUUAAAAAUGCAUUAAAUAGGUGAAUAUACACAAAAAAAAUAAUUACAAAAAAUCACACUCGUAUGUAAUUGUAAAGUAAUUCUUAUAUUUAAAUUCAUUCAUUCUCUUGGGAUGGGUUUGAGAUUUUUUUUUUGGGAUUCAAACUUCAGAUUUCGAUGCAAAAAUGGCAACAUUGCUUUAUGAUGCAGGAAUUAAUGAUGGCUAUCGAAGGUCGUCCAUUUUGGAGAGAUUCUUAUUGGAAUAUACAAGAACAGAUGAGAAUCUAUAAGAAUUGAAAUGAAAUAAAACCAAGAUAACAUCAAGAGUCUCCAGAAAAUUGUCAAUAAUCAGAGUAACAUCCAAGAUAGUGCAACCAGACCCCCCAGCCCAAGGAUCAUUGAGAGUGCAUAGAAAGCUGACGCUGAUGCUGUAAUUAAGCGAUACAAAAAUAAAAGAUGAAUCCUUCAUGUGUUAAGUGUGUAAAAAAAAGAUAUGAAGAAUGAUUAAAAAAGUAUUAAAAAAAUCGAAAAUCUCAGAAAAAAGUAAAAAAAAAAAUCAUGCAUGAUUUUCAAAAUAAAUUGCACGCAAUGACUUAUCAUAAAGAAGAUUUCUUUUAAUUUUUUUUUAUAGAUUCACAUUUAAAAUCUUUUAUUUUUUGAAGAAAUUAAAAGAAAAAUGUGAAGAAGUAAAGGCCAUUUAGUUAUAAAAGAAAAUAUUAAUAAUAAAUUCAUAAUAAAUAAUAUUAAUGAUUUAAUGAUAUUUACAUAAUUUAUAAGUGAACAUAAAAGAAGAAAAACUGAUCUUAAGGAUGAUUAAAAAAUGAUGAAAAAAACUAAAAAUUGAAAAAAGAACAUAAAAAUGCAGGAACUUUAUCAUUUUUUGAACAUAGAAAUGAAGAAAAAAAAUUUUAAUUUUAAAAAAUAGCAGAUUGAUAAAAAACUUAAAAGUAAUUUUAAAAACGUAAGUUGGAGGGUGAUUUAGGGGAUUUAAAGGUGAUAUCUUACUCAAUAUUGAGUCAGAUCAACUACUAAGCCCCCUUAGAACCCCCACAAAAAAUGAAAUUCAUUGAUGAUAUAAAAAUACGUACUAGUAUGUAAGAAUGCUCUAAGAAAUAAUGAUAAAAAAAGUAAAAAAAAUCUCCUUUUUGCGAAAUAUAAAAAAAAUAUAUAUAAAAAUUAGUGAUUAGCAAGGUUUUUUUUUUAGAAAGAAUUGAAAAAAGCAGAAACUGAUUUUUUGGCAUCUAUCUCUCUUUUCUAAUGAAAAAAAAAAAAAAAACAAAAUCUCAUCAUAGACAUAAAGUUUCGUACUGAUAUUAACAGAUGAAUCUAUUAAGUGAAUUUUUAUUACAAACAAAAAAUCGAUUUUUUUCCUCAUAAAUUGCGAUUUUUUUAAUUUUAUUUUUUGUUUCUGAUUUGAUGAAAGGUGGAAUGAAGAUGAAAUUCUUUUUAGCUUAUCAAGGGGAGCAUUAAUGGAAUGUUCGUACUAAUGUGUAUCGUAAACAGUUUGAGGAUUACUGUUUAUAAAUGCUGGCAUGUGGAUUGGUGGAUGGAUGCAUGCGGUAUGUUAAAUGGCAUGUCUUUCAUUGCUGAUUCUAAAAUUGAUGCCCUUGGGAAGAUUUUUGGAAUUGAAAUUUUAAAGUAUGUGAUGGUAGAUUUGUGAGAGAUUCAUUGGGUGAGGCUUGAGUUUGGCAUGACUUGCAAUUUUUUUAAAGACUAUUUUUGACAAUUUUUGAAAAAAUGUUGAAGUUUGACAAAAUGAGCAGAGUUUUGGCAGCUUUAGAGCGAAUUUUGCUUUAAACUCCCAAAAAUCGCGUCAAAAUCAAGCACCAUGACCACCCUUCAGUUCCCCCUUGACACCAGGGACAACACCCCAUUCAAAUCAUUAGAAACAAAACCUCCCAAAACCUCCUUCAAACUUCGUACAAGCAGCGUCCCAGUGUCAAAAAAAAAACAUAAUUAAUUUUGAACAAAAAUAGCGUUAAAGCCAUAAAAAUCAUAUUUCUUAUGAAUUUCAUUUUAAUGUUAAGUUUAUAAUUUUUUGUUCAGUUUUAUAAUAUUUAAAAGAUUAAUUAUCAAUUCUCCAAUUGUUUUUAUUAUUUUUUUAUCUGCCACUAAAUGUAUAAUUUUUAAGCUGAAUUGCAAUAUAAUUUAAAACAAAAAAAAUCUAUUAAUUUUUUAUUAUUGUUUAUAAAUUGAGUUGGUUGGCUAUUGAUGGUUAUUCUGAUGGAUUUGAGUGUUUCUAGCUUGUAAGACGCGCUCACAAAACAGCAACAUCUGAUCAUAAUUUUAUCAACAUUUAAAAAAAAUCUUUUAAUUGAUCCAACAGACAUUUAAAGCAUCAGAUUAAGCGUCGAUAAUCGACAUUGACCUUAUUUUCUUAUUCUGUAAAUUAAUUUUUCAACAUUUUUUUUGAUGUUCUUUGUGUUCGAA